ACUAUCAAGAAUUAUCCAAUCAGCAACGGUGUAACGCCAUUCACCGUGUGAUUGGGCUGUACGUGUAUGAGCAGCUAAUCAUCGAAGAGCUUCUAUCUUUCUGCAGCAUAACAUUACCGACCAGCGGAAUGGUCAACAGAAAACUCGAAUGAUGGGUCAUUAUCAAACUGAGGCAAUUUGGCUAAGAAUGUUCUACAAUGUCGGCUCUUAACCUGCCUGCACGAAAGGAGUUUUAGAAUCAUUAAGGAUGACAAUAAUGAUUCAAAGUUUUAAAAUUUGACCGCUCUCUGUUCAGAGUCAUAUCCAUUCGUAUUUAAUUUUCUCCCUCUUCUUGCUCUUACAGUGCAGAAUAUAUGACACAGAUGCGAAUAAAUUUUCACACACAAAUUAAAGCAAGGUAAUAUCUAAACUUAGAAAGGAAAGUCCCCCGAGGACUUCGAUGCCAGCUAGGGAUAUCAACUCAUGAAGAGAAUGUCGUCGACAUCAUUGCCCGGAUCAUUAGGGUCAACAAUUCCUUCGACAACUAUAGAUUCGACAAUGACGCAUUCAAUGCGGACAUUAGCGUCGGACAAUGAGCUAGCGCGGAGUAGCGUCAAACCCGUCGUCGACAUCAACAUGCCGACGUCGCCCCCGACAUCGUCUUAUUUUUCGACGUUCCAUUCUUCUGGAGAACCCCUCAACAGCACUGUGUAUUCAACGAACCUUACCCAACCAGCGGUGUGGGACCAGCCGACCAUGAUAGGACUCUCGGUGACACUGUGUCUUCUCAUAUUCAUAAGCUUGAUCGGAAAUUCUCUCAUUCUCCUAACGAUGGUUAUCUUCAAGCACAUGAGGACGAAGACGAACAUUUUUAUCGCGAAUUUGGCUUUCGCCGAUCUUGGAGUGACACUCCUCUGCAUGCCUUUCACCUUAACGACAAUCAUCACUGGAAAGUGGGUCUUUGGCAUGGUCAUGUGCAACACCAAUGCAUUCUUUGAUGCUCUGUGUCUUGUCGGUUCUAUCCACAGUCUCAUGUACAUUAGCAUCCACAAGUUCUUCUCGCUGGUGAAGCCGUUGUCGAGGAUCAUCACACAUCGUCGCAUGUGGAUGAUGAUCUCCCUGGCAUGGUUAUCGGCGUUCUCCUGCGCCAUCGGCCCUCUCGUCGGAUGGUCUUCGAACGAGUUCAAGGAUGGCACGACGCAGUGUGGUCCCAAGUAUCCCGAGACUCCUUUGGAGCGUUCCCAUGCCUACUACGUCCUCACCGUCGGGUACUUUAUCCCAAUCCUAGUCAUCAUCGUCCUCUACACCUUUAUCUUCCGGACCAUCAGUCAAUACACCGAACGCCUCCGCCUCCACUCUUCCAUGGAUAUCCAACAAAUAUUUCGCCAACAAAAGCGAAUCAUCAGCACCCUCUUUCUUCUCAUCUUGUCUUUCGUGCUUCUCUGGACGCCAUAUUUUGUGUAUGCAAGUCUUGGAAUGUUCUUGGGAUUCGACAAGCUUCCCGUUUGGUUGAAUUUAUUUGGAUAUUGGUGUGGAUAUGCCAAUUCUGCAGUAAAUCCUAUUAUAUAUGCAUGGAGGGCGAAAUCAUUCCGGGAUGCUAUAAAGGAUUUAUGCUGUUGCAGAAAGAAGAGUCCAUUCAGCUUAGGUGGUUCUUCAGGUCGUGUUGCGAAAGAUGCAUGGAACACUAGACGAGACCCGCAUACCCAGUCUCCUAAAAGAUCCGCUAGGGCCAAACCUAUCAGCAACCUAACCAAGAAGAAGAGCAUUAGCCUCCAGAGUCUCAGUAACGUCAACAACCUCAUCUUCCCGUACGUUACAUCAUCAAGACCUGUUGCAGCCGAAGACAACACCAACAGCAGCCGGGAUACCCUCUAUUCGGACCAUCCCUUCAGGGAGCCGACAGGGAGUCUAUGGUCCAUAGAUGGCGGUUCUUAUACCAGUGAUGUUGCUUACAGGGGAGCAGGAGCAGAAGGGGAAGGGAUCAGUGGGGUUAAGAAAGGGAACAACAACAUGACGACAUUGGAACGCGGACAGAAUCUGUUCGAGAUGGCCGUGAUGGCGGCCGAGCAGGAGCGAAUGGUGAAUUCACAAACAUCCCUUGACAGUGUGACCAGUCGGGGUGCCCGAUGCCUCAGUGACGGUGCCAAGGACAAUCUCGAGAUGGAUUUCUACGAAGUCUGUCCGAGACCGAUGCAAACUGUGUCGUCCUUCAGGUCUUUCCAAGGUUCCGCGCUCAAAUCGCAUCUCAGCCCAGAAAACGAAGAUGGGCCGAGGGUGCCGAGUUUCACCGAUCCCGUCCCUCUCCAGGUAUAUGGGACUUUUGCAAUGGAGUUUUGAGAAUAAAGCCUGUGAAUUUACGCUCUUAAAGCCCCGAUUGACUAAUUUUCGGCGCAUUUUUUCUGCCAUGCGGAGGAUUGGCCAACACAAUGAACGGCACGCUGUCACAAAGUUUAUUGAUCAUGAAACAGAAUUGGCCAAUCAAGAUACUAGUAACUGUUAAUUCACACUAUCAACUAAUCAAGAUCGUUGUUUUAAAACUUACGAUGGUCUUUGUGUAAUCUUUGUGUAACUAGUUUUUAUGGCCAAGAUUACAGAAUAAAAAAUACCAAAGCUCUGUAUAUAUUUGCGUAUUAGACUUGGACGUUUUGCAGGACUAGUAGGCAUUUAUACGGAAAACAUCGUAUGAAAAUUCAUACUGUCAUUUUUUGUAUGACAAAGUCGUAAUAUACACACCGUCAUGAGGAGCACGAGUGGCAGUGAUUCUUCCCGGCGUUUGAUGUUUCGGGCAACUAUACGAUGAACGCGGGCAGGUGCUAACGCUUAUGACAAUGAGCACACCUCUCAAUUUUUAAGUAUUUGCAAAAUGCUUAAAUAUUUAAAGUGACGUGUUAUUGUGUAAGCGCUAUGGGUGACACAUACAAUCAUUUUCUACUAACACGAUAAAAAAAAUUGUAUUAUUUAUUUGUAUGCAAAUGUACAUAUUAAAAAAUUGUAUUUAUUUUAUUGCAUUGGGAUUGCAUCAUCGCGUACAAUAAAACUACGAAAAAAUACUUAAUUGUGAGUUAAAUUUGA